AUGGGCAAGGAAGAGCCUCCCGCGGUCUUGGAAUCCGGCGUCCUCCCCUCUGGCCAGACAUCGCCAGACAACAGCCAAUUCAUCGACAAGGCCGAGAUCGAACGCCUGGGCCGAGCCCGUCCGGCCGUUCUCAGCUCAUGGCUCACCGAAGUCCUCUUUGUCGCCACCAUUGUGCUGUCCAUGACCAUGGGCGAGUACUUCACCGGCGGCUUCAAUAUCAUCCUGCCCCCCGUGGCCGAUGCCCUCGACAUCCCCGAUAACACGCGGACAUGGCCCGCCAGCGUCAUCAACCUGACGACAGCAGCCUUCCUGAUGCCAUUCUCACGUCUGUGUGACAUUUAUGGCGCCCGCUCCGUCUUCCUGUUUGGCCACAUCUGGUUCAUGAUCUGGUCCAUCGUCUGCGGCUUCAGCCAAAACACCAUCAUGCUCAUCAUCUGCCGCGCCCUCCAGGGCGUAGGAACAUCGGCCUUCACCCCCGCCGGCCUCGCUCUCCUGGGCCAGACAUACCGCCCCGGCCCCCGCAAGAACCUCGUCUUCGCCAUCUGGGGUGCCUUUGCCUGCCUGGGCUUCUACUUUGGCAUCUUCAUGGGCGCCGUGUGCGCAGACUUCAUGACCUGGCGCUGGUACUUCUGGAUCGGCGCCAUCAUCAUCUUUUGCAUCGCCUUCACGGGCUUCCUCACCAUCCCGCGUAAUCUUCACGACCAGGACGAUUCUAUUCGCAUGGAUUGGUGGGGUCUCUGCACGAUUGUGCCUGGCCUGAUUCUCGUCGUCUUUGCCUUUACGGACGGAGGCCAUGCGCCGCGCGGCUGGCAGACACCGUACAUCUAUGUGACGUUUAUCAUUGGCAUGCUGUUCCUGGUUGCGGGCGUCUACACUCAGGGCUGGGUGUCUGCUCAGCCGCUGCUCCCUGCAGACCUGUUUCGUCCCAAGUACAUGAAGCGGCUGUCUUUGGCUCUGUUUUGCCUGUAUGGUGUGUUUGGCUUGUAUCUGUUUUAUUCGAGCUACUACAUCGAAACCGUACUCAACACGACUCCCAUCCUCACCGCUGCCUGGUUCACUCCCUUGGCCAUUGGGGGCGUCUGUCUCGCGGUUUGCGGCGGCUUCAUCAUGCACAUGAUAUCGAACCGUAUCCUGAUGAUGAUCUCCAGCGUGGGCUUCCUCUUGUCGGUGCUCCUGUUUGCCAUCAUCCCCAACCGCGUCGACGGCCACCCCUCGACCGGCUUCCUCUACUGGGCGUACAUCUUCCCGGCCAUGCUGUGCGGCACCAUCGGCGUCGACAUCACGUACAACGUCACAAACGUCUUCAUCACCACGUCGAUGCCGCGACGCCUCCAAGCUACUGCUGGCGGUCUCAUCAACACUCUGCUGUAUCUCGGCCUGGCGUUUUGGCAGGGCAUUGCCGAGAUGGCCGUGUCCGAGGCUAACAGGAGGAAACUACCCGAGGGACUCAGUCUGCGAGAGCAGUACAAGAUUGGCUUCUGGAUCGGCGUUGCCAUGGCCGGACUGUCGCUGAUACUAGUGCUGACCAUCAAGAUUGACAAGGCGGCGGCUGAGUUGACGGCCGAUGAAAAGGCAGCUCAAGCAGAGCGUGAGGCAGCAUCAAACUAA